AUGAAGCUCAGGUGCUUGGUCGUGACGCUUUGGGAAGCCACUCAAGUGGAACAACGGGGCAGGUACUCGACCGAGGGCAUCUUAGAGCUCACAACCUACGCGAAUGAGGCCAGCUGGAUGAGGGUUAUCGCAGUGCUGGUGGCCACUCCACUUCCGUGUUUAGUGAUGACUGUGAUCAUUGAUACUCUGCCGCUCGCUGACCCAUCGGAGGGUGUUGCAGCUAACUCGAUGCACUUCCUGCGGUCGUACUACACGUACCUCGUCAUGACGUUCCUCGCGAUCCACCAGUUUCACAUCAGCGUGCCAGUACUUCCCUGUAUUCUGUGGCGAGAGGUUGGGAGCACGCUGGUGGUGGCCGCCGUCACUGUUGGGAUUCUCUACGCGCUCGCUACAGUCGUUGGCUUCCCCCUCCCGUUCUCCAUCCUAACCGUGACUCCUGCGUGGCUGCUGCUCAUCACAUUUACGCUGACACUUGAAUGGGCGAAGAAGGUUAAGGAGACUCCAGGUGCAGCCAUGAUGCUGGUUAGCUCUAUCAAGCUGUGGAUGUGCCAGGUCCUUGUGGUGUUCACGUAUCCCUCCUACUUCUACAUCUUCACGACGCUCUACAAAGGCGGCAAGACGGCGUUCGCAGUAUUGUUGCCGUUCAUUAAACUCUUCAUGAAGAACUUGUUCGCUCGCACAGUCGUUCACCUGCGUGACGAGAUGCCGGAGGUCGUUGUGUUCAACGUCGAGCUCUUCAACGCGCUCUUCGUAUCCUACUGCAUGCAGAACUCGCCUUCCCUCUGGAUCACCUUGGAGCUUAUGGGGGUUGAUAUCGUCAUGAUGGGGCUCUCGUUGCGGGGAGCCUGUCGCGACAACGAGGACGUCGACUCCAGUACGAGACUCACGACGUUAGAUCGAGCGAGUUUGCUGCUGCAUCUCGGUCAGACACCGACGAUCACUCCGUUUAAUGUCCCAACAACCACGGCGGCCCCCACAACGUCGUUAAUCUCUGGAGUUAUGGGGCGAACGAAGUCCAAAAGGAAGAACGCCAUCAAAACUUCGCUUAAAAACGGGAUGGCAAAGCUCCCCGUGCGAUAUACGCACAAGGUCCAGCGCUUGGUGUACGCGGCCGAGUUUCUGCUACUUCUCAACUACGUCGAGGUUGUUAUCCCGCUCGUAUUUUCCUUCUACUUGCUGGUCAUGUACAGCUUGCCCAACCGUGAGUACUACGCACAACUGCGUGGCGUGACUCACUUCGAGCUCUUCCAUACACUGCGAAGCGUGCAGUUGUACUGCUCACUCCAGCUUGUGUCAUUGCUGGUGCUGUUCCUCGCGCUGCAGCGAGUGCUCAGCCUCUCGCCGAUCCACCAACUCGCUUACGUUCUGGAGAAACGCUACAGCGGCGUGCAACUCAAACUCGUCUUCUGGGUCUACUACAACCUUUGGGAGUCGACGCAGGUGGAGCUUCGAGGAAGAUACUCGGCCGAGCGCGUACUGGAUCUGACCAAGUACACGAACGAAACGAGCUGGCCACGCGUGAUCGCGGUCCUCCUGGUCACACCCCUACCAUGUUUGUUGGUCACCGUCCUCGUCGACAUCAUCCCACUCGCUGAUCCGUCGGACGGCAUCGAGGCCAACAGCUCGUACUUCCUGCGGUCGUACUACACGUUCUUGGUCAUCACCUUCCUGGCCAUCCAGCAGUUCCGAAUGAGCGUCUCGCUGCUCCCGUACCCGUUAUGGCGAGCCAUUGGCCACACCGCCUUGGUGGCGGCUCUCAGCUCUGGGAUUCUCUACGCGUUCGCGCUGGUUAUCGGCUUCCCGUUGCCGUUUUCACUGCUGACGACGACCCCGCUGUGGGUCACGCUCAUCUCGAUCUCCAUGGUCUUCGAGUGGGGGAUCAAGAUCCGGAAGACCCCCGGAGCCGCGACGAUGAUCGUCAACGCCAUCAAACUCUGGAUGUGCGAGGUGCUGCUCGUGUUCAUCUACCCGCCGUACUUCUACGUCUUCACGACGCUGUCCGAGAGGGCGCAGAUGGCGUUCGCGCUGCUGCUGCCGGCCAUCAAGCUCUUGAUGCGCAACUUGUUCUCCCGGACGAUCCUCCACCUGACGGACGAACUGCCUGAGGCCGUGAUCUUCAACUGCGACGUCUUCAACGCGCUGUUCGUGGCCUACUGCAUGCAGAACUCGCCGUCCGUCUGGACCACGCUGGAGAUCAUGGCGGUGGAUAUUGUUAUGAUGGCAGUAUCGCUGCGGGACGCGGAACGUACCAAGAAAAGUUUGCGGGACCUGGAGGCACGCAUCGAGCACGAGUUUGUAUGGGACCGAUACGCCAGUAUCCGUAGCAGGAGUCGGUCUCCCACUUCGUUAGACAGAGCGAGUAUGCUCCUGCGCCUGCGUCGAGAUGCCAAGCCAGAGAUGAGGAUCUCGUCGUUUCUUGAGCUUAAACGCGUCGCACCAGUCGUUGACUCGAUCGUCCCAGGCCCGCCGCUGCUAAAGCCAAUUAUUGAAGUCAAGAGGAAGACCUCGUUGGUCAGCAAACUCUCGAGUCAGACGACGAAGCGCAUUCACCCAGCAGUUCGAGUUGCUGGACACGAUCUGCCCAAACUUCCGGUCACGAUACGAUACACGCGCUUGGUUCAGAGACUGCUGUACCUGGCGGAGUUCAUCCUGCUGCUCAAUUACGUCGAGGUCAUCAUCCCGCUCGUGUUCUCGAUUUACCUGUACGGCAUGUACCACCUGCCCAAUCGCGAAUACUACGCGCAACUCCACGGGAUGACAGAGAACGAGCUGGUCCAGACGCUCAAGAACGUGUUGUUCUACUGCUCGCUCCAGCUCGUCUCCCUGAUGCUGCUCUUCUACGCGUUGCAGAGGCAGUUGGGCUUCUCCCCCAUUCACCACUUGGCGUUCGUCCUGGACAAACAGUUCGUGGGCAUACAGGUGAAGCUCCUCUUCUGGGUCUACUACAACGCGCAAGCAUCACUCAAGCAUUCGGGUGAGUCAAUAGGCACUCACUCCCUGCUCACGUUGCAACUGCGUCCGGCUAACAGCGUCGUCGUUUCCGCAGGUUACGACUACACCUUCCAGUUCCCCUGGCUACAGCAGCAACCUCAUCCCAUAUCUAGUAAUUAA